AUGGUUUCUAAGAUUGGCGAUGGGUUAGAAGUGGGAUACUGGAUUGUUGUGGUGAUGGUAUAUCAUUUUGGCAUCGCCAGAAUGGCCGAAGUAGAGGUACAACUAAGACUGAAGUAUAGAGCUAUCAACUUUGCAAACAACCCUGCAAAAGUUCAAAUUGUCACGUCCAACCCAGUAAGAGAUUACGAUAGACGCAGUUAG